AUGACGAAUGUGACUCGUCUUUGCACCACGAAAGCUCUCUUGACUGUCAACGGGCAAUAUCCGGGGCCUCCAGUAGUUGCUCGAGAAGGAGACCGCGUGGUUAUCAAAGUAACAAAUAAUGUUAAAAACAAUAUUAGCAUACAUUGGCAUGGAAUUCGGCAGCUUAGAUCUGGAUGGGCGGAUGGUCCUGCUUAUGUCACUCAGUGUCCAAUUCAAACCGGGCAAAGGGAGUGGUGGAAUGCAGACACUGAGACUGUUAUCAAUCAAGUAAUGCAAAGUGGUGCGCAAGCUAAUGUGUCAGAUGCAUAUACCAUCAACGGGCUCCCUGGACUUAUGUAUAACUGCUCUACCAACGAUACAUUCAGGCUCAAAGUGAACCCUGGGAAAACUUACCUACUGCGUAUAGUUAAUGCUGCACUCAAUAGUGACCUGUUUUUCGCAAUAGCCAACCACACAUUGACUGUGGUAGAAGCGGAUGCUGUGUAUGUCAAGCCUUUUCAAACCAAUGUUAUUCUCAUCACUCCCGGUCAGACUACCAACGUCCUCUUGACAGCUAUGUCUCAGCCACCCAAUGCCACAUUCCUCAUGUUAGCAGGCCCAUUCGCUACGGGAACAGCAGCUUUUGAUAACUCAACCAGUGCUGGAAUUUUAGAGUAUGUAACUUCCAAUGCGACAGCAGUUAAUUCAUCCUCAUCCUCUCUUCCUAUGAUGAAACCGACGCUUCCAGCCCCCAACGAUACCUCCUUUGCCGCCAAUUUUAGCCAAAAGAUGAGAAGCUUGGGCAAUCCGAAAUUUCCUGCAGCAGCUGUCCCUCAGAAGAUGGAUAAACAGUUCCUAUUCACAGUCGGGUUGGGGCUAAAUCCGUGUCCCCAAGGACAGACAUGUCAAGGCCCCAACGGUACCAAAUUUGCAGCCUCCAUUAACAACAUAUCCUUCAUUCUUCCCACCACCGCUCUUCUUCAAGCAUACUACUUUAAUCAGUCCAAUGGAGUUUACAAUACCACUUUCCCUGACAAUCCGCCAUUUCCUUUCAACUACACCGGCACGCCGCCUAACAACACACAGACCCUCAACGACACCAGAGUCGAAGUGCUUCCCUUUAACACUAGCGUACAGCUAGUUCUGCAGGACACCAGCAUUGCGACCUUCGAGAGCCAUCCUCUGCAUCUGCACGGCUUCAACUUCUUCAUAGUGGGUCAGGGUAUGGGAAACUACAAUGCAAGCACUGACCCAUCUAACUUUAAUCUGGUGGAUCCUCCGGAGAGAAACACAGUUGGAGUUCCCAGUGGAGGUUGGGUGGCUCUCAGAUUCCUAGCUGAUAAUCCAGGUAUUAAUAUCAUUACGAGUGUGGUUCAUGCAUUGUCAUCUCGAGCUGCAUACCAGCUGGGGAUUGAAGAUGGC